CAAUCAGCGAAUGCUUUGUCUGAUUGUUCACUUCCUCCCUCGAAGUGUCUUCACCAUUUCAAAGAGUUUAGAUAGAGAUGGAUCAUGUAUACAAAGGUCAACUGCAAGCGUAUGCCCUGCAACAUAAUCUGGAGCUACCAGUGUAUGCGAAUGAGAGAGAAGGGCCUCCUCAUGCUCCUAGAUUUAGAUGUAAUGUUACAUUCUGUGGACAGACUUUCCAGAGCUCUGAAUUCUUUCCGACACUAAAAUCGGCUGAACAUGCCGCUGCAAAAAUUGCAGUUGCUUCUUUGACGCCACAAAGUCCAGAGGGAAUUGAUGUUGCCUACAAGAACCUGUUACAAGAAAUUGCACAGAAAGAGAGUUCUCUGUUACCAUUUUAUGCAACUGCUACAUCUGGUCCAUCGCAUGCGCCUACUUUUACUUCAACUGUUGAGUUUGCUGGUAAAGUUUUCAGUGGAGAAGAGGCGAAAACCAAAAAGUUGGCUGAAAUGAGCGCUGCUAAAGUUGCAUUCAUGAGUAUCAAAAAUGGGAACUCGAACCAGACCGGAUCGCCUACUUUGCCUAGUGAGAGACAAGAAGAUGUAAAUUCAAAUGUGAAGAGCAGUCCACAAGAGAUCCAUUCUCAACCUUCUUCCAAGGUGGUGAUGACCCCUGAUACCCCAUCAAAGGGGAUUAAAGUGAAUGAAGAUGAAUUUCCAGAUCUUCAUGAUGCACCAGCCAGUAAUGCUAAGGAGAUUAACGUUGCUUUGAAUGAGCCUGAGAAUCCUACAAACGAUGGUACUCUUAGUGCACUAACUACUGAUGGUAUGAAGAUGAACAUUGCUUCUUCUUCUUUGCCUAUACCUCACAAUCCUACAAACGUUAUUACUCUUAAUGCACCAGCUGCCAAUGGUAUCAAGAGGAACAUUGCUGCUUGUUCUUCGUGGAUGCCUCAGAAUCCCACAAACGAUGGUAGUGAAACAUCAUCAUGUGUAGUAGAUGAGAGUGAGAAAAAGAAGCUCAUAAUGGGAACUGGCCACCUGAGUAUACCAACUGGCCAACAUGUAGUUUGUCGCCCAUGGAACCCCGAGAUAACUCUUCCUCAAGACGCGGAGAUGCUCUUUAGAGAUGAUAAAUUUAUAGCCUAUCGUCUUGUGAAGCCAUAACGACAUCAUCAUCUUUGAUGCAUAAUAAGUGUAGAGAUAGAAUGUUAAGGUAAGCUAUAUCUCAUCUGUUUGUAGAAAUAGAAUGCUUCUCGUCUCUGGUUUUCUUAAGCAAUAUGCUAUGUAGUAUGUAUACUGUGUAAUGACUAAUUUUUGUUUUAAAGCAUUGUGUUUAUUAGAAACAAGGCGAGAUUAAAUGUUAAUAGAUUAUGGAAAAGCUUAACAG